ACUUACAAUGAAGGGAUAUAUUUUCUUAUUUGCUCUUUGUUAUUUUUUACUUGAAGUCGCUUGUCUCACAAAAGAUCAAUGUACCCCCCACCAAUCGUUUUUAAAUGCCGAUGGAUGUAAUAAAUGUAUUUGCCCUGCCAACGGUUUGAAGGAAAAAGCGCCUUGCACCCGAAUGUUCUGUGGUGACAAUUCCAAAUGUACUCCUGGAGAAUCAUUUAAGUCUGUAGAUGGGUGCAAUUCUUGUAUAUGUCCUGCCAGUGGAGUAAAGGCGAAUGCUGCUUGUACCAAGAAGAGCUGUGUCAAAGUCGACCCAUCUCAAAAAUGUGUUCCCGGAUCUAAAUUUACUGCUAAAGAUGGUUGUAAUACUUGUAAGUGCCCCACAAAUGGAUCAAAAGAGCACGCAGCCUGUACCUUGAAACAAUGUGUCCCUCUUGCCACAAUCACAUGUAAGCCAAAUCAAUCAUUUGUAGCAGAGGAUGGGUGUAAUACAUGUAGAUGUCCUCACAGUGGAUUGAAGAGUGACGCGCCUUGUACACGAAUGUCUUGCCGGGUCAAUCGAAAGACAUGCACCCCUGGAUCAUCUUACACUGCAGAUGACGGAUGUAAUACUUGCUCUUGCCCUUCUAGUGGCUUAAAGCGCGAGGCAGCUUGUACUUUGAUGUCAUGUACCACGACGGGUAAUGAAGAUAAAUGCACUCCUGGAACAUCGUUUAUGGACGCAGAAGGAUGCAACACUUGUUUCUGUCCACCAAGUGGUAUAAAGAGUCAAGCUGGUUGUACCCUCAAGGCAUGUGUCUCCUCAGAUAAAAAAUGCACACCUGGCUCUUCAUUUAAACACAGUGACGGAUGUAACACAUGUUACUGUCCCUCCAAUGGUCUAAAGGAGGGUGCUGGAUGUACACUCAAGGAAUGCUAGUGGGAUACCACAAGAAUAAAGAAUUACCCACCCCCUUUGUAUGUUGAUCCUUAAAUUGGUAUCUCCGGACAUGCUCAUCCUUCCUAAAUAUACUUUAUGUAAAUAAACUGUUUAACUUUUUUGAUAACAUAAA